AUGCGCGCCACUCUUCUCACCGCUCUUUUCGCCACUGCUUUUCCCGUAGUAGUAGCGAGUGGUUGGAACUCCAAUGCAUGCAAUGGGGCCGGAGGCUGCUAUUUUUUUCCCAGCUUCAGUACCGGUGACAAUUUUGUCUGCCCUGAUGGUAGUGGCCUAAGCCGCUAUGAGUUUGCGGGAGACCAGGACGGCUUCGGCUUGGGAAAUGGUGUUCCUGUCAGCAAAGAGGAAUUCCCCAAGACGUGCGUGAAUGGCUUUGUCCCUAGUCCAGAAGCUCAACUUAAAUUGCAAUCAAGGAACAACCAAACCAUGUACGCUGCUGUAGUUACUACUUGUGACACGCCGAACCCAGAGAAGUACAAUUGCUACACCCGUAACCCUAACCCAACCACAUCCACCUUUUGCGCCAUGUACGACCCAAGCGGUGGAAGGUGCGAGCUCCGUACGCCGCCGAUUGGGGGUUAG